UUUAGUGACGGUUUCUAUGUUUUGACGAGUCCGUGCUAGCCGGAAGUUGCUCGAGUCUGCAGUCUGCAUUCGUUGGCUGCUUGUCUUGUUUUGCUUCUUUGCCAUGAAUAAAAAUAAGGGCCGCGGAGUAGCAUGGGUGAAGCCGGCGGAGCCGUCCUUUCUCAAGAAGUUUAAGAGCGAUGUGGGGUACAAAGAGGGACCGAAUGUCGACACUAAGCGUCAGGUGAUGCCAACACUGGAUGACGACAGCGGCAGCGAUCGAGAGGACGAGUUGCCUCAGGUCGUGGUCCUUAAAAGUGGAGACCUGACUGCAGAGGAGGUGAAGAAGAUGAAGGAUGAAAUACAGGCUGGAGGCAGCUCAGAGAAAGGUGAGAGUCCAGUUCAAUGAUUUAAUUA